AUGGCGAAGGAGAUGUCCGAAAACAAGACAGAAAAGCCGACUACCGAGAAAACUCUUGAAAAGCGUAUCGAACAUAUCAAAAACAAGCGACGCGAUCGGGGCGGAAUAUUCCAGCCACAAGAACAUAAUCCACUCAUAGAAAUGCUCAUGUCCCGUGAUGUCUCUGGUCGCUCACCGUCGAAGGCGCGGAUAAAGCCACGAAAAUCAGUUGUUGGGAAAGGAUCACGUAGAAGCAGCUCUAGAGAGAUAUCCCCUCUGGAAGCUCGAGCCGCAUACAGACGCAAUUCAACUGCUCAUCAGGCAUUACCUUCGGUGGCCAGCAAGGAUCGAAGGAAGAGUACGGCUCCAUCAAGUAGAACGAGCAGGGAAGCCGCUCCGGAGCAUGCUAAUACUAUUUCCAAAACACACGGAAGGGCAAAGCCUUCUAGCACAUCGAGAACCUCUUCAAAGCGUUUAGAGGUUUCUGAUGCUUCUAAGAAUAAGUCAUCAGUCUCAUCAUCCAAACGGCGGCGAGAAGAAACAGAACUCGAGACAGACGAACACGAUACCGGUUACGAUACUCCCUCCCCUUCUAAACGACUCAAAAAAUCCGCCGUACCGUUGCCCUCCGCUUCUACUACGGCGAAAUCUGCCACGACAUCUCGAUCCGCCCCUGCCAAGUCAAAAAGCAAGACAGCCACCAAAGAAGCAUCUCAUGCUGAGCGAUCCGAUCAUGACGAGGACAUGGAUGAACCACCUCCUCAGAAAUCGAAGCCUAAUUCAACGACAAAGAAAAGAGGGAGACCAAAGAAGAUCGUGGAUAAUUCUGAUGUCUCCGAAGUACCAUCUACUUCAAAAGCAAAAGCCAAACCGAAGCGUGCUCCAGCAUCCAAGCCGCCGAGUAACAAGUCUGGGCCUACAGCAAAGCAGGGAAAGACAACAGCAGGGAAGUCAAGAAAAAAGACUAUCUCGGUUGAUGACGACGAGCCUCAGGGGAAGACUAAGGGGAAAGGAAAGAAGAAAGCUGAACCUAUCCCGGAACCCGAUAUCGAUUCCAACUCUGAAGAGGAGACAGAUUAUCGAUUGAAGCUUCCUAAAUCGCGUCUUGAGACCGUCGUUGAAGAAGAUGAGGAGGUAGAAGAAGAAAGUAGUGGUAGGAAUCGGAAGGCAAUUACCAAAGGCGCUGCAACGUCGGGUAAGGGAGCGUCGACAGUAUCGAAACCAGGAGCAUCCAGCGCCUCGGAGGUACGAAGGCGGAAGCAACAUGUAGAGGACGACGACAUUGAUGAACGGCAGUCUCGGGAUAAGAUUCCUACUCGAGCUGGGAAGUCAAAAUCGCAAGCACCUUCUCGUUUAAAAGCAUUAACGGACGUUGACAAGAAAGACGGAAUAGAAAAUGAGAACCCUAUUUCUACCUCACCACCACAAAAUCCAAAGGCUACUUCGUCUAGAUCCAAACCUAAUUCCGCAAAAGCAACGAAAACAGGUAGUGCAUCCGGCCCAGCCUCCAAAUCAAAACCAACGUCCAAAUCAAACACAAAAAGAAAACGACCUGGAGCUGACCCUGCUCCAUUCCCAAAGUCCAAGUUCGCAAACCUCCCUACGACCGUGUUCAACUCACCUAUCAAGGCUGCUGGUAACUCAGAUGACGAACUCGACUUUCUGUCAUAG